GCUUGAAUGUUCAAGCAACUGUUUUAUGGUAAGCUAUGAGAUAUUUGGAAGAAUUUAUCACAAUUGCAUAUUUUAAAAUCCUGUAUUUUUUAAAUCGUUACACCGACAGAAUUUUCUACAUCUGUUUUUUUGUUGCACUGUGUUUUUAUCUGUUUUACCAAUUUGAUAUUGUUUUCCUUAUUAUGUGUACUUUGCUAUUAGUUACUGCUGCUUAUUGGAAGCAGCGUCCACUGUGUUCAUACCAAAGCCUUUGAUAUAAUGCUGUUGGAAAUUAAACCACCUAUUAUGUGUAAGAUAAGGAAGAAAGAGUGGAUGCAGGGAAAUACUCACCUGAUUCACUGAGGGAAGUUCAGUAUUCUGUUUAUGAAAUGUCUGAGUGUGAUGGGAUUAGUUGUUUACUUUCCCUAUUCUGUAACUAUUCUUCUGGACCUGUUGGAACGGGUCCAGCAGAGGGCCACGAAGAUAAUCAGAGGGCUGGAGCACCUCUGCCAUGAGGACAGGCUGAGAGAGUUGGGGUUGUUCAGCCUGGAGAAGAGAAGGCUCCAGGGAGACCUUAUAGCAGCCUUCCAGUACCUGAAGGGGGCCUACAGGAAAGAUGGGGAGGGACUCUUUAUCAGGGAGUGUAGUGAUAAGACAAGGGGUAACAGUUUCAAACUGAAUGAGGGGAAAUUUAGAUUAGAUAUCAGGAAGAAAUUCUUUCCUGUGAGGGUGGUGAGGCACUGGAACAGGUUGCCCAGAGAAGCUGUGGAUGCCCCAUCCCUGGAAGUGUUCAAGGCCAGGCUGGAUGGGGCUUUGAGCAGCCUGGUCUAGUGGGAGGUGUCCCUGCCACUAGGUGAUCUUAAAGGUCCCUACCAACCCAAACCAUUCUAUGAUUCCAUGAUUCUGUGAUGCCAUGAUUCUAUGAUUCUGUUCAGUCAUGAUAACAAUUUGAAAGUUAAAAUGUGCGUAUUUUCUGAUUGCCAUAUUAUCUAAUUGGAAUGGUAUUAAGAAAUUGCGUUACCUUAUCUAUACCAUCUUUUAGGCAAAAAAUGAACUGUGCUUCAUUAGGGAAGCAGGACAGUGCUUGUGGUGCUUGUUAUAAAAACAGAAAAAAUCAUUCUGAGACGAAAUUAUGUCAUUGUCAGUCUCAGUUUCUCAAAAGAAAGAUGAGAUGUGCUGCCAGUGCCUAUACAGUUACAUGUCAGGAUUGCAUUGCCGUAGCACGGAGUUACAGAAAGGUCUUUGAGAACAUGUAACUGGUACCUGUGCAGAGACGGAGAUACGGAGGAUGGGAGCCCUCCAUGAGAAGAGGAGCCCAGCAGAUGUGAACCUAGCAAUUAGUUUGUCAGUAGGAAAAAUAAAUGGUCUUUGGCUUUCAACAGCCUACCAGGCCCAAAGGGAAUGUUUCACAAAUUAAUUUGGAUCUAGUUAGAGUAAACGAGUGUAAAUGAAUACGUUUGCGCUCGCUGCCUGCUCAUCUGCUCCCAUUCCCCCAGGCUCCAGUCAGGCUGGCGCUCGCCUGCGCCGUCCGUUUCGUGUGUGUGCACGCUAUUGCGAAUCAGUCACAGUGAGUGGAAAGACAAAAACUGACCCCAGGGAAAAACUCACGUUUGAUUUGGUGAGGCUUUGUAUCAAGCCAACAGCCAAGGAUUUAUUUUGUGAUUUCAGAAAGAGAAAGGAAUUCCUCCCUUCAGCGUGUUACUCAGAGUUAAGUGGCAAAGCCGCUCAGAGCACACCGCUUAGAGAGACUUACCCGUUGACUGGUAUUUCUUAUCCUUCAUUUUUCAGGUUACCACCAGCUGCCACCCAUCUGAUGGCCUUACUUCAGCGUGAGGAAAGCUUGAGAACUUGCCAUGAGACAAAUAUUCAUCCUAUCAGCAGCAUGUGGCUCUUUUGCCAAGUGUUUUUCCCAAGUCUGGGACUCUUCAGCUCUCCAUGUCCUGCCAACAAGGACAGACACACAAGGAGUGUAAACCAGAAGAUACAGAGGCUCCAACCCUCAGCUGAAACUGCAAAUCAACAAGAUAAGAGCCUGCCUGCCUGGGCACAGAAGAAGAAUCCAAUAAGAUGUUAGAAGACCCAAGACCAAAAAUCACCAUUGGACUAAAAGACGCGUGGACAGCACGUGAAGAGCGCGAGGGGCAGGUGUACGGAUCACAAGGGUAUAAUUGCCAAGGAAUUUCUUUGUUCGGAGUCCCUCUCUUUGGAGGCACCCAGCCUGGGCUGU